CCCUCCCCCGGAAAAGCGCGGGCUGCCCUGAGGGGCCGGUUUCCCGCCCGGCGAUUGGCUGUGUGGUGGAGGAAAGGGGUGAAAGAGAAGCGAGCAGCUGUGAGUUCACAGUCUAGAGAGUGUCCGCUUCCUCGUCGGGGCUUUUGGGAAUCUCCAGGCAAUCUUGGAAGCUGUGAGUAGGAGAACCUCUUUCCCCCAGCCCGAAGCGCUAGAUCGUGGCGCUGCUUCCGGUUGGGACUGAAGAGCGCGCGCUAAGCGACCAGGCAUUUCAGCUGUCUCCAAAGACAACUUCAUGCUUACAUAAUGUAACAGAAAGAGUCAUAAAUCAUUAGGCAAAGAGAAGCGUGAAGCAUAUUCAGCAAGAUGAACAUCUCUGGAAGCAGUUGUGGAAGCCCUAAUUCUGCAGAUGUAUCUAAUGACUUUAAGGAACUUUGGGCAAAACUAAAGGAGUACCAUGAUAAAGAGGUUCAAGGUUUACAAGUAAAAGUAACCAAACUGAAAAAGGAACGAAUUUUAGAUGCACAAAGACUAGAAGAAUUUUUCACCAAAAACCAACAACUGAGAGAGCAACAGAAAGUCCUUCAUGAAACCAUUAAAGUUUUAGAAGAUCGGUUAAGAGCAGGAUUAUGUGAUCGAUGUGCAGUAACUGAAGAACAUAUGCGGAAAAAACAGCAAGAGUUUGAAAAUAUCCGGCAGCAGAAUCUUAAACUUAUCACAGAGCUUAUGAAUGAAAAGAAUACUCUACAGGAAGAAAAUAAAAAGCUUUCUGAACAACUGCAGCAGAAAAUUGAGAAUAAUCAACAGCAUCAAGCAACUGAACCUGAAUCUGAGGAAGAUAUUAUUCCAGAUUCACCGAUAACAGCCUUUUCCUUUUCUGGAGUUAACUGGCUACGAAGAAAGGAGAACCUGCAUGUCCGAUACAUAGAACAGACACACACUAAAUUGGAGCACUCUGUGUGUACAGGUGAACUGAGAAAAGAUCCAAAGUCCUCAACUCAUCCACAACACAGCCCCAGGGGAAGUGAAAUUCUAGUGGCUGACACUUGCAAUCAAAGUCAAUCUCCAAUGGCUAAAACGCAUGGAACAAGCAGUUACUCCACUGAAAAGUCAUCUUUUAAUUUAGCUACAGUUGUUGCUGAAACACUUGGAAUUCAUGUUCAGGAAGAAUCUGAAUCUCCAGGUCCCAUGAGCCCUCUAGGUCAUGAGCUCUACCAUUGUCUGGAAGGAGAGCACAAGAAACAACCUUUUGAGGAAUCCACAGGAAAUAGUGGAAAUGGUUUAAGAUUUUCAGAUUCUACUUCAAAGACUCCUCCCAAAGAAGAAUUGACUACUCGGGUGUCAUCUCCUGUAUUUGGAACCACCUCUAAUGUGAAAAAUAGUUUAGCUUUGAAUACAAGUUUGUCCCCUUCUCUUCUGGAGACUGGGAAAAAAAAACAUCUGAAAAUAGCCCCUUUCAGCAACACUUCUAAUUCUAGACCAGAGAAAAUGCGAUCAAAAUCUGAAGAUAGUGGCCUUGUCACACAGCAUAAUCUUGGGUCUAAAGGGAACAUGAUCGCUAGCCAGUCAUGUUCUAAUAAACAGAUGCUUGCAAGUCAGAGUACAAGUGAACCCACAGGCGCGCAGGAUGGCGCCGGCCAUGUUAAAGAUGCCGUCACGGAUAAACAUUUAGUGCCCCUGAAACCACUGGGAAGCAGAACAUCCAAGAGAAGGAAAACUGAGGAGGAAAGUGAUCAUGAAGUAAGCUGCCCCCAGGCUGCUUUUGAUAAAGAAAACGCUUCUCCUUUUCCAGCCGAUGGUGAUUUUUCCAUCAGUGGGGACUUUGCGGUGGAUAAACCUCUGGAUCUUUCGGAUCGGUUUUCAGCUGGUCAACGUCUGGAGAAAAGCCAAGGAGGUAGUGAGACCCCUAAAAACAGAUUUAGGCAAGUGACUCUUUAUGAAGCUUUGAAACCCAUUCCAAAGGGUUCUUCCUCAAGUCGUAAGGCCUUGAAUGGGAGUUGCGUGCUAGCCAAAGAUUCCACAGAGGAUCCCUAUGUACAGGAAUGCAUCCUCCAGUCCUUGAGUAAAUUUUCUCCAGAUAAUAAAACACCGUUACAAAUAAAAGAAGAAAACCCUGUCUUCAAAAUCCCUCUACGUCCAUGUGAAAGUUUGGAGACAGAGAAUCUUUUUGGUGACAUGAAGGGCGCUACUUCUCAUGAGCCAGUAAAAAUGAAAACCAGGUCAGCCCAUGGAGCGUGUGAACUUACAUCAGUUCUUCAGUUAAAUCCAUGCAGAAUUGCCAAAACAAAGUCUCUACAAAACAACCAAGAUGUAUCUUUUGAAAAUCUCCAGUGGAGUGUAGAUCCAGGAGCAGACCUUUCUCAGUAUAAAAUGGAUAUUACCGUAAUAGAUGCAAAGGAUGGUGGUCAGUCAAGAUUAGGAGGAGGAGAGACAGUGGACAUGGACUGUACACUGGUUAGUGAAACUGUGCUUUUAAAAAUGAAGAAGCAAGAGCAAAAGAAAGAAAAAAGUCCAAAUGGAGAAAGAAAAAUGAAUGAUAGCUUGGAAGAUAUGUUUGAUCAGACAACACACGAAGAAUAUGAAUCCUGUUUGGCAGAUAAUUUCUCCCAGGCAGCAGAUGAAGAGGAGCAAUCAUCAGCUACCACAAAGAAGCCAAACAGUAAUGGUGAUAAACAUGAUAAAAUCAAACAGAAAGCGUUUGUGGAGCCAUAUUUUAAGGAUGACGAAAGGGAGACUGGCUUACAAAAUUUUCCUCAUAUUGAGGUGGUUCGGAAAAAAGAAGAGAGAAGAAAAUUGCUUGGACACACAUGUAAGGAAUGUGAAAUUUAUUAUGCAGAUAUCCCAGCAGAAGAAAGAGAAAAGAAGCUGGCUUCCUGCUCAAGACACCGAUUUCGCUACAUUCCACCCAGCACACCAGAGAAUUUCUGGGAAGUUGGUUUUCCUUCUACUCAGACUUGUAUGGAGAGAGGUUACAUUAAGGAAGAUCUUGAUCCCUGUCCUCGUCCAAAAAGACGGCAGCCUUACAAUGCAAUGUUUUCUCCAAAAGGCAAGGAGCAGAAGACAUAGAUGUCGAAGCAAAAACAGGAGAGAGGAGAAUUUUUUCCUUUUAGUUAUUUAUAGUUAAAGUUUGGUAUUAAACACUGAUUUUUUUUUUUUUUUAGUCUUCUGUAAACUGAUUUAUAAAUCAAUUUUCUAUUGAAAAUGUUUUUAAAUGGCCUUUACCCACCACACAAGGAACUAUUUAAAAUGUGGAUGAGUUUAUGUUGUAUUUUCUUGCUUUUGCACCUUUAAAACAAUAAGGUGCUUUCAUUUUGCACUCUAACUUAAGAGGAGUUUAUUUACUUUAUUUGGUAAUACCCAAUUACAAUUUUGAAAAUAAGAGUUUUUGUCUGUGAUUUAUUGCCUUCUGAUCUUUUCUUUCCAUCUUCCCUUGAUACUUAUAUUUAGCGGCAGUGUCAUAGUAAUCAUCAGAUCUUCAUUCCCUUCAUCAGUUGCUCUUCUCUAGGUCAUAUCUGUGUCUGGCACUUAGAUCUAAAAAAAGGCUAAGUUUGAAUAGUCCAGCAGCUUUUUUGUUGAAAUGAGGGAUACUUCUCUGUAGUAAAUUCCUUCUGUGGUGAUCACGAAUAUCCACCUUUUUUUUUUGCAAUGUAAUACAAAUUAAUGUAAUUCUCUGAUCUGAUCAUAAUACUUACAUAUUUACAUCAUACUUUUUUUCCUGGUCCAGUUUUCAAGCUAAAUUUGUUGCAUUCUCUGCCCAUUGUGUUCAAUUGUAUUCUUUAUCUUGCUUGACUGAUGUUACGAACUUCCAGUUUGGCAUCAAAAUAGAUUUCUCUAUUUAGCAACUUUCUCUCCCUCUAGAGCCUAGUGUCUGAGUCAUAAGAUGACUGACCACACCUAUGUCAUCAUUUCUAGUAGCAUUUGUCAACAUCUGUUUUGUGUAUUCCUUUAAUUCAUGUCUUGACAGUAUUAUUAAAUGGGAGCAAAUGAGACUGAAUGGACUGCCUCACUAAAAUCUAAAUAACCUUAUGCUGUUGUUAAGUGUCCUCAGACAGUUCCAGCUCACAGCAGCCCUGUGUAGGAAAGAACAAAACACUGCCCACUUCCACACCAUCUU